AUGAAAGAGAACAAAGACAGCAACAGAGACAACAUACAGCAGCAGCAGCAGCAGCAGCAGCAUCGAGAGCUACAACAACAGCAGCAGCAACAGCAACAGCAGCAACAAAAGCAGCAGCAGCAGCAGCAGCAGCAGCAGCAGCAGCAGGAGUACCUGAGUAUCUCUGCUGCACUCCAUAGUGUGACGUCUCCUUCUGACAUUCCCCCAGCUAGAAGUGGUCCUGCAUGUGCUGCAGCAGCAGCAGCAUCUGCUGCUGCUGCAUCUGCUGCAGCAGCAGCAGCAGCAGCAGCAGCAGAAGCAAUACACUGA